AUGAAGCGCGAGCCAUUGAGCUACAAGAGGGCAAAUACGUCUGAUUCCACUGAUCAUCCAUAUCUCGUAAAGUUCAUGCACAACCCUUCAGUCUUAAGGGAACCCAGACUCUGGAACACUACUAUCGCUCAAAUUCUCAAUGCUAGCCUGAUAUGCGGUGCUCUUGCCCUUGGUCCUGUUUCUGCCCAUAUUUCUUUAAGACUUACUGUUAGGAACCGCGUCUCAUUAGGGUUUCCCAUGGGCUCGUUUUUUCCAACUUUGAUGACAACGGAUGAAGACUUGACUUGGUUAUUACUUCUGUGGUUACUUUCGUCCCGCUGCCCGUCUACUGUAACUACUCUGUUGUCGACCCUUGCCCCCGUAUCUGUCCCUCGAUGCUUUUUUAUGACAUAUGUUACAUAUGAAGAAAUACUAGCUAAUGCCUUCCUCCAAGACGACACUGGUCUCCCUGCUGAAAGCUCUUCCAGUACAUGA